UUUCUAUUGGUGCUUUUGCUCAGUCUAGUUAUCAGCUUUCUAAUCGUACAUUCCAAAAAGUCACAUGUUCUGGAAAAAAUGUAAAGUUUUUCAUUCAAAAUAAUAAGAAUAAGCAAUUAAAUUGCGAUUCGUAUCAGUCUGUUUAUCACCAAUGUGUUUGAACUAUCAAAAACCUAUAUAGAGUGAAAUUAUUUUAUAAUUAAUUAUUCAUAAGUGUUUUAAUAUUAUUUCAGAGACCUAAAUAGCUAAAAAUUGAACUUGCUACUAAGAUAAAGGAAGAUGAAAUUACUGAAUAUCAUUCAAAGAGCUGCUAAGCUCAAAAACAAUAUACCGGUAACACCUUUACGAUUAUUUGCAAGACCAAUAUCAGUUAGCAACUCACUUUUGCAUGAAAUACCUGACGAUCUUGAAUCAAUACCCACAGACAGUGAUCCUCAAUUCUCUGACAUGGUAAAAUACAAUUUUCAUCUUUCGGCACAGGUUUUAGAAGAUUUUUUCAUAGACAUAUUGAAAAAAAGAAAAUAUAAAGAUCCUAAGGCAAGGAUGAACGCUAUAAUUGCUAUUAUGAGCAAUUGUCAAAGUAUUAUAAGAAUAGAUUUUCCAAUAAAAAGAGAUAACAACCAGUAUGAGAUGAUCACCUCAUAUCGCGCCCAUCAUUGCAGUCACAGAACACCAAUGAAAGGAGGUGUGAGGUACCAUAUUGAUGUAGACGCUGAUGAAGUAGAGGCAUUGGCAGCUUUGAUGACGUACAAGAACGCUUGUGCCAAUGUGCCUUUUGGAGGCUCGAAAGGAGGAAUCAAAAUUGACCCAAGAUGUUAUUCCAAGUCAGAACUUCAGACAAUCACUCGACGUUAUUUGAUUGAAUUGACAAAACAUAAUUACGUUGGUCCAGCCAUUGACUCCAUUGGGCCAGAUAUGAAUACAGGGCCAAGAGAAAUGGGAUGGAUGGCAGAUGCUUACAUGAAAACAUUGGGUCAUCAGAACGUGGACUCGGCAGCAGUGGUGUCAGGCAAGCCUCUGCACCUGGGAGGUAUGCGAGGCCGACUGUCCGCGACCGGUCGAGGCAUGUUCGCCGCCGCCGAAUUUUUCUUGGAAGACGAAGAACUCAUGAAACAGAUUGGCCUCUCCCCUGGUUUGAAAGAUAAGACAUUCAUUGUCCAGGGAUUUGGAAAUGUUGGUUAUCAUGUGAGCCGCUACUUGGCCAGAGCCGGUGCCAAAUGCAUUGGAGUCUCUGAAGUGGAUGUCGGCAUCUAUAAUGCAGAAGGAAUCGACCCAGAAAAAUUAGAAGAAUACAGAGAGAAAAACAAGCGCUCAGUAAAAGGUUAUCCAGGAUGUAAAGAAUUUGAGCCAUCCAUCGACGUGAUGUUCGAGCAAUGCGAUAUUUUGAUUCCAGCAGCACAUGAGAAGCUGAUCAACGCAGAAAAUGCCAAUAACAUAAAAACAAAGAUGAUCAUAGAAGGAGCAAACGGCCCAACUACUCCUGGCGCUGAUAAGAUCCUAAUGGAAAAUAAUAUUCUAGUCAUUCCCGACAUCUACGUAAAUGCUGGAGGUGUUACAGCUUCAUACUUUGAAUGGUUGAAGAACAUAAAUCACGUAUCUUAUGGAAAGUUGUCUUUUGGAUACGGAAAGGAGAUGGCCGAACUAUUAUUGGAAUCUGUUGAGGAGUCGAUGAAGAAAGAGCUGAAGAAGGAUGUGUCAGUCGGUAUGUCCAAAAAACUGUUGGAACGUAUGAGUGAAGCUUCCGAGAAAGACAUAGUUCUCAGCAGCCUGGCAUACAAUAUGAGAAAAUCUGGAAAGGAAAUGUUACAAAUGGCCAAAGAUCACGAUUUGGGACUUAACUUGAGACUAGCAGCUUAUUGCAAUGCAACGUCGAAAAUAUUUGAAACUUACGAAGAGGCUGGACUAUCUUUAUCAUAAUUAAUUUUCAAUAUGGUUACAUUCUCGUUUCAAAAGAAAUUCCCCAUGAAGCCAAGCUUCUCUUUCCUUCCACUCAACUAUUUUGGUGCAACAAUCAGAGUAUUAUUAUUCAUUCACUUUUGAUUAAAAGGGAUGUUAGUUUUGUGUUGUUGAUACAAGUGAAUUGAUUUGUUUUUCAAUAAAUUCAUAUUUUCCAUCGUU